AUGAAUUUUGUAAAGAAGUGUAAGAGGGUAUGGAGAAGCAGCAAGAGAAUGUAUGAUCCACAAGACAGUAGUAGCAAUGGCAGCUAUGGCAUAUUAUCAAAGAAGUGCCACAAAAAGCAAAAAGAUAGUUGUAGGGAUCCACCAAAUGGUUGUAUUUGUGUUUACGUUGGACCUGAGAGACAAAGAUUCGUAAUCAAGAUCAAAAUAUUGAAUCACCCUUUGUUCAAAACGCUUUUAGAAAGUGUUGAGAAUGAAUAUGGUUAUAGAAAUGAUGGUCCUUUAUGGCUUCCAUGUCAUGUUGACUUGUUUUGUGGGACAAUUGUGGAAAUGGGGAGUUGUGUGGAUGAUAUGGGUUCUGUUGGAUGCAAUUUUCUAAUGGGUCAUAAACACAAACAAAGAAUGCUUGCAGUUCAAGAAAAAGUGAUGAGGGGUUUCCAAGUCUUUGAGUGCAAGUUUUGUAAAUAUUAUUCCUUAAGAUGGAUUGUAAAAUAG